UCUCGCGAGAGGAUGCAUAUUUCGUGGCUGUUCCUGCUUCAAAGUGACUAGUCUAAUGAGCUAUCCAGAAGCAUUCCGAAAGUACCUUUAUUCUGCAUAAAAACGGCCACCUUCAGUCAACAUUUUGUAAGUUAUUUUAAUGCCGAAUUAUAAGCUAGCUAACAAGUCUCUUAGCAGUUAUAUGAGUGUUCAAGGCUGUCUGGUACACCGAAUAACUCACCGCACAAGUGUUCAAAUUAAAAAUGUCGUCCGAACCUGAGAAACCAGUCAACCCUGACAGCACUAAGCCUGCAGAAGACCGGUGGUCACUGAGCUAUGUCACCGGGGACCUGUUCUCCUGCCCUGCGGACGAGACUCUGGCCCACUGCAUCAGUGAGGACUGCCGCAUGGGGGCAGGCAUAGCAGUGAUGUUCAAGAAGAAGUUCAAAGGGGUAGAGGAGCUAAAAGAGCAGAAAAAGCUGACAGGAGAGUGUGCUGUACUAAAAAGAGGCAGUCGAUUUGUCUACUAUCUGAUUACAAAGAAAAAGGCCAGUCAAAAGCCCACCUAUGAAAGCCUGACACGGAGCCUGGAGGACAUGAAGUCACACUGCCAAAGUAACAAUGUAACCAGCAUAUCAAUGCCUCGUAUUGGUUGUGGCCUGGAUAAACUGCAGUGGAGUAAAGUGGCAGAGAUACUGGAGCAGGUCUUCAAACCCACAAACAUCUCCAUCACAGUCUACAGCCUCCCCGAGAGACCACAGAGCACAGUAAUGAAGGAGAACAUGCGCAGAUGAUUGGUUGAAAAGUUAGUUUAUUGUAAUCCUUUUAUGUUGUAAUUCCUCACUAUGUUGCCAUUUCUCAGUGAAAAACUGUAUAGAUCACUCGAAUAAAUAUUUUUUUGCACUUCAAAA